AUGUCGGGCGACGGAACUGGAGCGCCGCCACCCUGGAGGCGCAGGGUGUACUGCGUCUGCCAGUGCAAGGAGUGGAACUGGUGCGACAAGAGGGCGACCUGCAAGUCUUGCGGGAAGGAGGCGCCAGCGUGGGCGAAGCGCCUGCGCGUGGCGCACCAGCCCCAGGCCGACGGGGAGGGAUUCGUCCAGCAGCCCAGGGGGCGCUCGCACCAGCGUGCAUCGCGCCGAGCUGGUGAGGCCUCCAGGGCAGCCUCGGCCGCCAGCACCGUGCCGAGCAGCGCGCCCAACAGCAGGGUGCGGCCGAGGGGCGGAGCCAAGCCGCCGCCGCGGCGCGAGGGGCGCGAGGAGCAACCAGAGGAGCAGGGAGCCCAGGCUCGCGUCUCCAGCCUCCGCGAGGCGGUCGCCAUGGAUGGGACCAGCGAGUCCUUCCAGCGAGAGGCCAGGGCGGCCCUCCUCGCAGCGGAGGACUCAGCCGAGAGGGCCGAGGCCGAGCUCCGCGAGGCCCAGCGGCUCGGGAGGCCCCCCCACACCGUCCUCCACGGAGGCGCCAACGCCAUGCAGAAGGCCGCACAGCGGGCUGAGGCCCUCAGCGGGGAGAUUGCGGCGAUACAAGAAGAGCUGGCCGAGGCCGAGUCCGCGGUCGAGGACUUCGACAGCCAGCUCGGCAAGCUCGAGGAGUCGAAGGCUCAGACAGUCCAGCAGGCACUCCAGCGGGCCAUUGAGGUGUGCGGAGGCCAGCGGCCCCUGGAGACCGCGGUCGGGGGCCUCGUCACCCAGGUCAACCAAUUGGGCGAGAUGCUCGGCCGUAACUCGGAUGGCGUCGCGCCCAGACUCCUGGAGAUCAUGGACAUCAUCACCACGCAGAGCGCCGCCAUCUCGGACAUGCUCCACCCCGCUGCGCCUGCUGCCGCUGCCUCGCGCUGGGCCGACGGCCUUGGCGGGGACGGGCUCGCCGUCGACGACGAGGAAGGCUUCCCCGCCCCUGCCCCCGCGGAGCCGCGGCCGCCUGCGGAGGCCGCAGUUCAGCAGGUGCGGCCAGGCCCGCCCACCCAGCGGGCGAGCCCCGCAGUGGGGCCCUACGGGCCAGCCGCCGCCCGCGGGCAGUCAGGCGCGGCGCUCGGCGCUUGGCCCCAGCCUGGCCAGGCCGAGCACAGGCGCGAGGAGGGCCCCGGCGGCAAGGCGGCCUCGCUCCUGGGCCGAGGUGCGGUCGGGGCCGCCGAGGCGAGAGUGGGCGGGGCUGUGCCGGCUUGUGAGAUGGCCGCCGCGCAGCUCCGUGCAGGCUUCGACGUGCUGGGCCUCAACGGCAACACAUGGGACCGUGCCAUGGAGGUGCUCGGGGCCUACAUCACGCGGGAGGGCGCGCGCCCGCACCUGGUCACGGUUCAGGAGGUCCGCCUUGGGCCCCGCCAGCUGGAGAAUGCUCGCCGCCGAGCCCGCGGCCUGGGCUACGCGGCCUUCUUGCAUGCUGCUGCGCCCACUGGACAGGCUGCCCUUGCCCAUUCAGGAGGCGUCGGAGUGCUUGUCCGCGAGGACCCUCAGGCGCGGGAGGCUCAGUGGCGAGUGCCAGGGGACUUCAAGCACCGCAUGAUCGCCGUCAGGGUGGCCGCUGCCUCGGGCAUGAAGCUGAUGGCUUGCUCCUUGUACCUGCAGGAUGGCCUCGGGCCCAAGGGUGUCAACUUGGACAUCAUCGGAGCCCUGGGGGACCUGGUGCUGACCGAGGGGCUGCCUUGGCUCGUGCAAGGCGACUUCAACAUGGAGCCUGGGACCCUCCACGAGUUAGGGUGGCCAGCCCUUCAGCGAGGUGCCUACCUUGGGCCAGCCGAGCCCACGUGCAUGGCCUCGGGCACGGAGCGGGUGUACGACUGGUUCGCGAGCUCGUUCUGCCUCUCCCACGGGGUCGCCAACGCCGCCGCCCUGGACGGCUACGCGUUGCACCCGCACAAGCCAGUCCGACUGCGGCUGCAGGACCUGCGGCCAGAUGCGCUGGUGAAAGUCCUGGCGAGGCCUGGCCGCUUCCCAGACGUGGAGGCCGCCGACUGCAGGGCCCAUGAGGACGCCGUCGUGCAGGUGUUUCGGCGCAGUGGGCGAGCUCAGUGGCAGGCCGAGGCUUGCAGCUGGAGCUGGGAGGCAGGCGCGGUGCCCCACGACCUGCCUGCUGCAGCGUGUGAGUGGAUGGAGGCGGUCGAGGGCACGUUGGUGGGCAUCCACGACAUCCAGCCCGCCGCUUACAGGCGCUUCCUGGGCCGAGCCGCGGGGCCGAGGCGCGCCCUGAAGCCGAUGAGCGCGGUCGCGAAGCGAGAGUACCGCUUCCGUCACUCCGAGUUGACCCACGCCAUUCGGCAGGCCCUCGACCUGGCUCUGCAGAGGCUGGCCGCUGAUCGGAGUGAGAGGUGGCGGCCGUCGCACGACGGCUGGUACUUGCGCGAGGCGGAGCGCAUCACGGGCCUCCUUGGGCUCGCCACGGCCGCGGCCCGCGAGGAGGAGGAGGCGGAGCAGCUCGCCUUCGACACCAGCGGGUCGAGCGACCUCGUCGGCCAGGCAGGAGUCCACGGCCACGUCGGCGCCAUCACGGAGCUCCAGCGACGGCUCUACAGCUCGCAGCGGCGCGACGGAGUUAACAGCUCCGCGCGGUGGCGCGCUUGGGCCAAGGAGGCCGUCCAGCGAGGAGGCAGGCUGGCGCGCCGCGUUGCCAGAGCGGUGCCGCAUCCCCAGGUCGUCGAUCCUGACACGGGCAUGCCGCUGGCAGGUAUGAUAGCCACUGGGCAGCUGGAGGCCGACUGGCAAGCCCUCCGGCAGCAGGAAGGCUUCAAGCGAGGAGCCGACGUCGGCACCUGGGACGUCCAGGACUGGACCCUGCCUCCCAUCACGCUCGACAUGUUCCAGGCGACGCGCCGCCGCUACGCGCCCUCUGCAGGGCUUGGAGCAGACCAACUACACCCUAGACAGCUGCUGCUCCUGCCGCGUGCCCUCCAGCUCCGCUGCCUGGACCUCCUCGCGGCGCAUGAGGAGCGGCCGCAGGCGCUGGGGGCCUUCGCGACGAUGAUCGCGUUCAUCCCGAAGCUGGAUGGGGGCAUCCGCCCCAUUGCCCUCAUUCCGCCUCUUCUUCGGGUGUGGAGCCGUGUUCGGCAACCUAUGUGUGCGCAGUGGGAGCCCACCCACAACUUCCAGUUCUUCUGGGGCAGGGAGGGCAAGGGCUGCGAGAAGGCGGGUUGGAUGCACAACCUUCUUGCCUCGGCUGCCCGCCAUGCCGGCUUGGAGGCUGGCAGCCUCUUCCUGGACAUUGUGAAGUUCUACGAGAAUAUUCGGCAUGACGUGCUCUGGAACUGCGCCAUCGAGCACAAUUUCAAUCUUCGGUUAUUGAGGGGGCUUUUGGCCUUGUAUCAAGCCCCUCGCUUCGUUUGUUUCGCGGGCCUGGUCCCUGGCGACUUCAGCUCGCAAGGCACCGUCCUCUCGGGCUGUGCGCGUGCGACUACGCUGGCCAAGCUGCCGCCCCUCGGACCCCUUCGCGCCGCGUCUUCAGGAGGCCGCCUGCCCGUCAUUGGCAGGAACGUCGUCGACGAUGUGGCCCUUCAAGCACUGGGAACUCGUCGCCUUGUCGUGGAGCAACUUGGCGGCGCGGGAGCGGAGAUGGCGCGGCAGCUCGGGGACUUGCACCUCCCGCUCAGCGCCAAGAAGUCCGUGUACCUCGCGCCCUGCUCUGGCCUGGCCCAGGAGCUGGGCGAGCACUGGAAGGCGCACGGCAUGAAGUUCGAGAGGGCUCACCAAGCCCGCAACUUGGGCACGGACGCGAGCAUCACGAUGAGAGGAGUCCGCGAAGGGCGAGGGCGGGCGCGGGACGCGCUUCAGCGUGCGCGGCGCCUGCGAUGCCUUCGAGCGGCAGGAGUCGAGGUGGACCUGAUCCACAAGGCUGGGCCUACUUCCAGUAUGGCAUGGGGACGGACGGUUACUGGCGUGGCCGACGGAGAGUUGCACAGUUGGCGAGUCACCGCGUGCCGCAGCGCUGGGCGGCCCCCCCGCGGCGCGGCCCUCGGCCUCAGGCUGCGGCGCGCGGAGCUCCGCAGAGGCCGCGACCUGGAUCCGCUCGUGCUGAUCGCGGAUCGCUCGCUCCAGAUGCUGGCAGGGCUUUUGCACUCGGGCGAGCUCUCCCUGCCGAUGCUCAGGGGCGAGCUCGAGGCUGCAGCUUCGCGGCAGGCGGCGGCAAAGGCGCCCUGGGUGCACUGCAACUCCCCCGUGGAUGCAGCUGUCCUCGCCCUGGGCAGGAUCGGCUGGCACUUCAGGUCCGAGCGGUGCCUCAUCACGGACGCCGGGGACGCGCUGGACUCGACGCUGCCGGGGCCGCGCGAGCUCGGCAUUGAAGCCGGCCUCGGGGCGAGGCGCGCCUCGGAUCGACACGAGACGCAGAAGCUGGCCAGCUCCUCUUCUCUGCAGGGUUCUUUCUUCUGGGACGCCUUCAAGGAGCUCAUCGGGCCAGGAGGCAAGUUCAGCGAGCGCGAGAGGAACGGGCUGGUCGCCUACCUCACGAACGCGCACUGGCCGCAGGCGAGGCUCCACGGCGCCCGCGAAAGCGGCCACGCCCGCUGCAGAUGCUGCGGAGCCGCGCGGGGCACCCUCUGGCACAGAUUGUUCGAGUGCCCCAUGCUUGCGGCCCAGCGGAGGGACUCGGUCUCGCCAGCGCUGGCGAGGAGCGCUGUGCGGGUCCGCGCCCAGGGAGAGGCAGCAGGGGAGGACUUCGCUCGGUGCUGGCUGCCAGCGCCGCCGCCACCUCAAGGGCCUCGCACGGACGCCAUGAGCGUCUGGUGGAUACGCAGGCCUCCCGACGACAAGCUCAAUGGCAAGGUGUACUUGGACGGCUCGGCGGUCGACCCGCAGUUCGGCUCCCUGAGGCGCGCGGGCUGGGCGAUUGCUCAAUGCGACGACGACGGCAACCUCAUCGCGGGCGUCUACGGGACCGUCAGGAGGGACCUCUGCCCACAGCAAACCGCUCGUGACGGUGAGGACUUCGCGGCCUGGAUGAUGGUGAACUACGCGGGCCCUGCAGUCGAGGAGGUUAACAUCGACUGCCACGGCACGGUCGAGUGCUUGCGUAAGGGGCUGGCCUAUGCGACGGGCCCGACCAAGGCCAACGCCCACCUCUGGAGCAGGAGCCUCGCCGCCUUCGAGCCUGGCAGCUUCAGGGUGAACAAGGUGCCAGCCCACUGCAGCAGGCAGGCGGUGCUCGACGGGCGCCUCACGGAGGCGCAGAGGCGCGGCAACCUGCACGACGACCGCCUCGCCAAGCUGGGAGCACGGCUGCACGCCGUGGACGCCCAGACCGCGGGCGAGCACCGCGCCUUGGCGGGAUUCGUCCAGGAGCUGGCCCGCUGGGUGGGCCAGGCGGCGGUCCUCUGGCAGAACAUCGCGGAGAAGGACAGUGACAGCUUCCUCGAGUCCGACGAGAGGCAGCGGGCGAGGUUCGCCGACCAGGAGGAGCGGGCCGAGCUGCCCACUGCAGGCAGGCCGACGGCGCAGCAGCCGCGAGUGGAGAGCGUCCGCUCGGUGGCCAGCGCGGUUGGCCUCUCCAUCACCACGGCUGGCAUCUGCUACCUCGGCCACUCCCUGUCGUACGCGUGCUGCGACGUGGGCGAGGAGUCCCAGGAGCUGGUGGCGUGCGGCAAAUGCGGCGCCUACAUGGGCUACACCCAGGUGGACGACCACGCGGAGGAGACCAGCAGCGCAGGGAGAAAGGGGUUGAAAUCCCCGCGCUAA